AUGCCGCCCGUGCCUGACGUCGGUCACCACACAUUGCGAGACUUUUCGUCGCAGCCUGAGUACGCCAUCCGCGUGUGGAAAGAAGUCUACACCCGCGGCGCCGCUACUGGUGCCGUUUCAUACUAUCGUCAUGCCAACCAAAACUCGUGGAAACACUUGAUUAUUGCUGGUACAAUGAACCUCGCUAUUGUCCCUUUCACGAAGGCGUUUAUGCUGCCGACCAAUAACGCCCUGCUGGCCGCUGCGAGAGGGUCCGCGUUUGAGCUGGGCUGA